AAGCUCAUUUUUCGUUAGACGUUCUCAGUGAAACAACAUGUCGAUUUUUACAGUAUUUUUGAUAACCAUGUCAGCUCUACUUCCGCUAACCCGUCAAGAGACUUUUUCGCCGGAAAAUUCGCAGGACGUUGCUCAAGAUUUUCUUUCCUUUGAAGGAAGUCUGAUUCACAUAAAAGAAAGUAAUAUAACAGCUGUAGCAUGCAACUGCGAAGACUUCCGUAUUUAUUUGAGGGAAAAAACCCGUUCCUCUACCUACCAUCCCGAAAGUAAACUUCAUGAAUGUUACAAAUAUGAAAUUGUAUCCACCCCCGAAAAGGUUCAAGUUGUCUGCAAUUUGACACUAGUGAAAAUAGCUGAUGGUCCUUUGGAUAGCGUAACCUUUAAAUGUGUCUCAAACGAUGCUUUUUGGAAAAUUUCGAAAGUGUGCAGAAACGGUUCCGAAACACACCCAUGCCAUGUCGAUUGCAUUCAUCCGGAUUGUAGAAAAAACGACGGUCAACUUGAUGUUAAUCCAGAUCACGUCACAAGAUCCCCUGCUCUAAAUAGGAAUAUAACGAAGAAUGAGGGACAACAUUCGGAGGCUAGUAGUAUAGUUUUUAUAAUCGUGGCCGUUCUGGUAGUACCACCAAUGAUCUACUGUGUUCGUAAAUACGUACAAUACAAAAUAGAAAGGCAAGAAAGAAAGAUACCCCAACCUUUUGAAGUAUAAACAUGAAAAUUUACUCCAACAAAAAUAAGUCGAAGGCUAUUUCUACGUCAAAUGGCGAGCCACCUGUUAAUUGUCGGAACAACUGGUAAAUUGGUGGCAUGUACUGGUUAUGGAAAAACCGAAACGUUAUUUAACGUUACAUAAUUUAUAAAUGAGUCUAAUAAUUUUAAAAUAGGAAGAACAGGAGGUGUUUGUAUAGUUUUUCUUUUGAAAUAAUCAGGAGAUAAAUUAACGAGAAUUUGUUGAAGAAGAAUUUAUAUUUCUUUAGUUAUAUUUUAUGUAUAUUUAAUUUUUUCCUUUACAAUAAAUUUAGUUGUGUUUUACAA